AUGAGUAACGUCUUUUUUGCUUUAAUAUGGCGGGAAUGUUCUAAACAGGCACCGACUUGUUCGUUAACUAUCUCAGAAAUUAAUCUGUUUUUUUAACAAAUCAUUUGUGUUAUAAUAAUUAUUGUUAAAUCGUAUUUGUUUUUAUCAGCAUUCAUAUCGGUUUAAGUAUGGAUUUACCCUACAGAGCAGAAUACGCAAAAAGCGGCCGGGCUUCUUGUAAGGGUUGUAAAUCGGCAAUAGGACAAGGUACGUUAAGAUUAGCCGUUAUGAUACAAUCUCCAAAGUUUGAUGGUAAACAACCAAAUUGGUACCAUCACAUGUGCUUUUUUACCAAGCAAAGACCAAAAAGCGUUGACGAUAUUGAAAAUUACGAGACCUUACGGAAUGAAGACCAGGAAUUCAUUAAACAAAAAGUUGAUUCUACUGCUUCCGGUAGUUCUACAGUUGUACCAGCUAAAAAAGGAAAGAAACGCGAUGCCGAAAGCAAUAAUGCUUUAAAAGACUUUAAAAUUGAAUAUUCUAAAUCGUCGAGAGCCGCUUGUCGUGGAUGUGAACAAAAAAUUCUUAAAGAUGAAAUUAGGAUUUCUAAAAAAGAUUUUGAAACGGAUGUUGGAAAACGUUACGGAGGUCAAGAUAAGUGGCAUCAUCUUACUUGCUUUGCUAAUUUGCGCUCAGAAUUAGGAUAUUAUGAAAAUGGUGAUAAAUUACCUGGUUUUAAUGCAUUAAAAGCCGAUGAUAAAAAAGAAGUUAAAAGUCAACUUCCUGCUAUUAAACAAGAAGAUGUACCUGAAAUAAAAAAAGUCAAAAAAGAAGAAGAACUGGACCCUGUAGAUGUUGAAAUGAAAGAGCAAAAUAAAAUUAUGUAUAAAUACAGGGAUGAACUUAAAAAUAAUUUGAAUAAGAAAAGUUUGCAGCUUCUAUUAGAACGUAAUGAGCAAGAAAUUCCACCUGGAGAAGAUAACAUUUUAAAUAGAUUAGCAGAUAUAAUGACAUUUGGGGCUUUGGAACCUUGUAAAGAAUGCGGAGAUGGUCAAUUUGUGUACAGUAAAAUUGGUUAUGUAUGUAAUGGUGAUAAAACAGAGUGGACCAAAUGUAAUUUUACUACAAAAGAGCCAGCAAGAAAAAAAUUCGUUGUGCCAAAAGAAAUGAAGGAAGAAUAUCCUUUCUUAAAAAAAUACAAAUACGUUAAAAGGACGAGAAUUAUUAAAGAUGUUGCACCUUCCACUGCAGUGAAAAAAGAAGAUGAAGUUGAUUCUGGUCCAAAAGUUGAAAGGGCAAAACCCGCUUUGUACGAAAUGAAAUUUGUUAUUUUAAAAGUAAACGGUGAUAAGCAAAAAAUUAAAAACGAAAUUACAAAAUUAGGCGGUAAAAUUGUUACUAAAAUUGAUAAAUCGAUUAUGGCGGUUAUCUCAACUGAAGAAGAAGUGGAACGAAUGGGUUCGCGUAUUGCAGAAUCUCAAACUGAAGAUAUUCAAGUUGUUUCUGAGAAAUUUCUUGAUGAAGUCCCUAAUUAUCUUGAUCGUAUUCCAGAACUUAUUAAAACCACAUGCAUUUGCAGUUGGGGUUCUGAUCCAAACAUUCGUCUUCAAACAAAUAACGCAAAAUCGGAGAGUCUCAAAUCGAAAUCAAAAUCAAUGUUUGCAAAAUCGGGACCAAGUAAAAUUAAAUUAACUGUAAAAGGAGGAACAGCUGUUGAUCCAGAAUCGGGUUUAGAAGGUUCCGCUCACGUUUACGUCAACGGAUCUGAUAAAUUCACCGCUAUAUUAGGAUUAACGGAUAUUCAAAAACAAAAAAAUUCGUUUUAUAAACUCCAAUUAUUAGAAAGCGACAAAAAAAAUCGAUAUUGGGUAUUUAGGGCUUGGGGUAGAAUCGGAACAACGAUUGGAGAUAAUAAAUUAGAACCCAUGGAUUCAUUGCACGCGGCAAAAACUCAUUUUUGCCAAUUAUAUGAAGAAAAAAGCGGGAAUCAAUGGGAAAAUCGCAAUCAUUUUGUUAAAGUACCUGGAAUGAUGUAUCCAAUUGAUGUUGAAUACGUUGAAGAUAACAAAAUGGAAAUAGAUACUGAAGUACCCAGUAAAUUAGAUACUCCCAUACAGGAUCUUAUUAAAUUUAUUUUUGAUAUAAAUUCAAUGAAAAAUGUUAUGUUAGAAUUUGAAUUAGACACCGAAAAAAUGCCUUUGGGUAAACUAAGCAAAAAACAAAUCCAAAAAGCCUUUUCCGUUCUAACAGAACUCCAAAAUUUCGUCGAUAAAAAAUCAAAAAACAUCUCCGACUUUUUAGACGCCUCAAAUCGUUUUUACACCUACAUUCCACACUCAUUUGGAACUGAAAAUCCUCCAAUUAUCGAUAAAACCGAAAUGAUUCAACAAAAAGUUGAAAUGUUAAAUAAUCUCUUAGAACUCGAAAUUGCGUAUAAUUUAAUGAAAGGAAGCGGUUCCGAUCAUGGAAUUGACGCGUAUUACGAUCAAUUAAAAACGGAAAUCGCCGUUUUGAACGAUGAAUCUGAAGAAUUUUGCGUUAUCAAAGAGUAUCUUAAAAAUACUCAUGCAACAACCCAUGAUAAUUAUGAUUUAGAAAUUGAAAGAAUAUUCGAAAUUAAACGAAGUGGCGAAGAAAAACGUUACAAACCAUUCAAAAAAUUACAUAAUCGUAAAUUACUUUGGCACGGUUCUCGCCGCACUAAUUAUGCGGGAAUUUUAUCUCAAGGGUUGAGAAUUGCACCCCCGGAAGCUCCCGUUACCGGUUAUAUGUUCGGAAAGGGUAUUUAUUUCGCUGAUAUGGUGUCGAAAUCAGCUAAUUAUUGUUGCACUGAUAAUGUAAAUAGUACUGGGUUAUUAUUGCUUUGCGAAGUUGCUCUUGGAGAUAUGUUGGAAAAGGAGCAAUCAUAUUAUGUGGAAAAGUUACCUAAAGGAAAACAUAGUUGUAAAGGUGUUGGUAGAACUCAUCCUGAUCCAAACGAAAUUAAAAAGCUUGGUGAAGCUGAAGUUCCGGUUGGAAAACCAACACAACAAAAAGUUAAGAACAGCAGUUUGUUGUAUAAUGAGUAUAUUGUUUAUGAUGUUGCUCAGGUUCAUAUGAAAUACUUAUUACAGGUUAAAUUUAAUUAUAAAUAUUAAUAUUUGUA